GAGAGUUAAUUACACAGACAAGGAAAAGAACUUUGGGUAGAAGUGCAUCCUCGUAGGUCUGUGCAUGAAUCGAUUCGGAUUUACUUUAGCCAUUAUUGAAGUGAAAUUUGAAAUUUCCUUAUCCUAACUCUAUCUAUUCUAGGUUUAAUUCGGUUCAAUUUUUAUUAUUUCGAUUCAAUUCUACAAAUCGAUUUGUUCGAUUUUGAAAUUUCAACAAAAUUAAGCCUUAAUAACCAAAAGUAACAUUAUUGCAUUGUAAGUUUAAAGUGGAAUUAAAAUCCAGCAACAAUGGUUCAAAACUCAAACUUUAUUUAAUAAUAUAACGAUAGUAGCAACAAAAGCAAAAAAAAAAAAAAAAUUGUUAGCGGUAGGUGGCCCACCAUCUACUUUCUAACCAACAAACAAUGUUAGUUGUGACUCUUGAAGUUGAGAGAUUAGGAUCUAGGUUUGUACUUUGUAAAAUGUAAAUGGUAAAGAGUAAGACUGAAUAUAUUUUGGUUCAAACCGAAAAAAAAACAAAAAACUGCAUCGAAAUUUAAUUUUGGUUCGGUUUUUUGAAUUGAUUUCGGUUUCAAAUUUUAGAAAUUCGGUUAAACGGUUGAUUUUCGAAUUUUCAAAAUAAAUAAAAAAAAAUCGGAUAAACCAAAAAAUCAAAAUAUUAUAUAUAUAGCACGGGCCUUCCACAUCUAGUCCCUGUAUAUAUCAGCGAAACCAAUAAUAUGGGCCGGGUACCGACCCGAGUGAUAAAAAGUUUAAGAAGCCUAUAUAGAUGAAGCACGUGGUCAUCACGUGAGAAGACAAGGAACCGAUCUUUUCGCUAACUCGCCCUAAAAAAUCGGCCGGGCCGAGUAAAAGCAGAUUCAUCGCCGUAGUCUUUCAUUUCCUCGGAUCGUCGUCGCCGAUUUUUUCUCCGACAACAGUCAACAACCACCGGGUAAAUUUUCUUCUCCAGCGGAAUAUUCUAGAUCCUUCUAUAACCAGGUGGCACAAGGCUCUUAAUUUCACCCAACAGGCGUAGGUUCGAAAUUUGCUGACAACCUGUCUUUUUAGGACAAUUUUUUCAUCUUGUACUAGUUCGAUAUAGAAAGGGAGCCUUGGAGUAACCGGUGAAGUUGCUGCCAUGUGACCAGGAGGUCACGGGUUCAAGCUUUGGAAACAGCCUCUGGCAGAAAUGCAAGGGAAAAAAAUUGCUCUCUUGCUUAGUCUAUAGUUAUGGUUAGGGGAAGAGAUGCCUGUUGGGAACACUGUGCGCUUGUUGAUGCUACUAGACAGAAGGUAAGAUGUAACUAUUGUCAGCGGGAUUUCAGCGGUGGGGUUUACCGAAUGAAGUUUCAUUUGGCUCAAAUAAAAAACAAAGACAUAGUAAUAUGUCCUCAAGUUCCGAACAAGGUAAGGGACCACAUUAGAAGUAUUUUGAACACUGCGAAGAAACAGAAAAAUCCUAAGAAAGCAAAACUGGAUCAGGCUGCCAAUGGUCAGGAAAGUAGUAGUUCUUCAGCUAGCGGUGGAAUCCGCCCUCCUCGUGAUGGAUUUAGUGGACAGAAUGGUAGUCCUUGUCCUCCGUCUAUUAUGUUUGCACGCCGUUCUCCUAGUUCACAGCCAGCAGUUGACGAUGUUCAAAAGCAAAAACAGGACCAUGCCGAUAAGAAGAUUGCCGAGUUUUUCUAUCACAAUGCAAUUCCUUUUUCUGUUGCGAAGUCCUUGUACUAUCAGGAAAUGGUAGAUGCUAUUAUUGAGUGUGAAGCGGAGUAUAAAGCUCCAUGUACUGAAAAAUUGGGCACUAACCUUUUGGAGAAAGUCAAAAUCGAUAUCAACGAUGGUUAUAAGAGAUUAAGGGAUGAAUGGAAAGAGACAGGUUGCACAAUCUUGUGUGAUUGCUGGUCUGAUGGAAGGACUAAAUGCCUUGUGGUAUUUUCUGUGUCAUGUGCUAAAGGAACAGCGUUUCUUAGGUCCGUAGACGUAUCUGAUCAUGCAGAUGAUCCUCAUUAUCUAUUCGGGUUGCUUGAAUCAGUCGUUCUGGAAAUUGGCGUUAAAAAUGUUGUCCAAGUUAUUACAGAUAGUUCUGCUAGUUACACAUAUGUCGGAAGGCUUAUAAUGGACAAGUACCCCUCGGUGUUCUGGUCUCCGUGUGCUUCGCAUUGUAUCAAUAAAAUGUUAGAGGAUUUCAGCAAGCAUGACUGGGUGAAUGUUGUCCUCAAAGAGGGAAAUGUAAUCGCAAAAUACAUAUACAGUAAUGACUGGAUUCUUGAUAUGAUGAGAAAAUUUUCAGGUGGAGGGGAGUUCGUACGACCAAGAAUUACUAAGUUUGUGGCAAAUUUUCUCUCUUUAAGGGCCCUUGUAAUUCAAGAGGAUAAUUUGAAACAAAUGUUUUCUCAUGCGGAGUGGAUGUCGUCCAUAUAUAGUAGGCGCCCCGAAGUCCAAGCCAUUAAGUCAUUGUUGUGCGUUGAAAGAUUUUGGAGAUCCGCACGUGAAGCUGUUAUGGUUUCUGAACCUCUACUUAAACUAUUAAGGAUUGUCGACGGAGACAUACCUGCUAUGGCCUACAUGUACGAGGGAGUGGAAAGAGCAAAGAUGUUUGUCAAAGCAUUUUACAAGGAUGUUGAUGGAAAAUAUAUGCCGAUUUGGGAUAUAAUUGACAGAAGAUGGAGCAUGCUUGUUCAAUCCCCGGUACAUGCAGCAGCAGCUUUUCUUAAUCCCUCAAUUUUCUACAACCCAAGCUUUAAGAUGGAUUCAAGGAUUCGGAAUGGUUUUCAAGAAGCCAUGACGAAAAUGUCUUACGAGGAAAAGGAUAAAGUAGAAAUUACUAAAGAACAUCCAAUAUACAUAAAUGCCCAAGGUGCUCUAGGGACUGAAUUUGCGAUAAAGGGAAGGACACUGAAUGCCCCAGCUGAUUGGUGGAUGGCUUAUGGUUACGAAAUUCCUACUCUACAGAGAGCUGCUAUACGGAUUUUGAGUCAACCUAGUAGUCUUCACUGGUGUAGAUGGAACUGGAGCACUUUUGAUGGUGUUCAUGACAAUAAACGAGAAAACUUGGAGCUUGAUAAGUUCAAUGAUCUUGUAUAUGUGCACUGUAAUCUCUGGUUACGGGCGAUUACAAGAAGUAAAGAUGGCAAAUGUAGGCCAAUCAACUUCGAUGAAAUAGACGUCGCUGCUGAAUGGCCUACUGAAGCUGAAGCUGCACCAUGCAUGCACUUGAAUGAUUCAUGGUUGCACAAUUCAAACCUUGAAAGCAGAGAUUGGUUAGACACUUUCUAAGGCACUCUACAAGGCAAGUACUAAGAGCAGAGGAGAAUGAAAAUGAUAAAAUCCACUUCUUAGAAUUACAAGGGAGGUCGGCUCGGGAAGAGGAAAAGUGGAAGUCUAUAAAUCUGUUGAAGCUUUUCUACGAAACCUGCCUCUCCCACUUGUUUGUUGUAGACUUCAGAGAAGAGGAAAGAGGCAUAGCAGCAUACGUCGGUGCAGGAAGGCUGGCUAACUGAGCGAAUCUCAUUCUUUUUUUGGCUAUAGGGGAAUGUGAUACCAUGUAUGUGUGCUCAACUCGUUGCGAUUGGAUAUAGAUGGGAAAUCCAUAGAUCGUAGUAGUUCGCCAACCACUUGUUAUUCCUUUUUGUGUGAGCAUAGCAUACAAGGUAUUACCCCAAUCCCUUAUGUGCCGAACAAAGACAAAUGAGUGUUGUACAACAUCUCAACCACUCCAAGAUCAAGUUAUUGAAAGGUACCCUGGACCUCUAUGUUGCUCGGACUCUUCAAAAAUGUCAAUGGGUGCAUGUCGGAUUCGACAAAACUAGUGUAUUUUUGAAGAGUCCGACACGGGUGCAGCAUCAAAACUGAAGAGUCCACACAACUUAGACCCUGGUGCAAGACGAGCAUCACUUGAAGAAUGUUGGUGACUUUUCAUUUCUUUCGAAGCUGGAUGAAGUGAAUCGACAUCGUCAAAUAUUUCUUUGAAGAACGCCAACGUUGGGGGUUCCAAUGAGCUAAAGCGCGUGGAAGAGAAGAUGCUCUUGAGCCAUCCGGAGAAGUAUAAGACGGACACAGAAGUCGCGCCCAAAGAUCAACCCCAUGUGGAUCAAUCGCGCAGCUGUCAAUGGAUUCUGUCACACUACUAAAAUCGACUUUCUUCCCUUCCCUGCUCAACGGUGCGAAUCGCUACAAGAAUCCAACGAAGCGGAGUUAAUUUCUGCCAUGGCAGCAGGAUGGAACGCGCAAAUGAUCGCGGAAACAUGGUGUCGAGGUGGAGAUACAUCAACAAGCAUUGGUCUCUCUAAUGCAAUUCAUCAAACAGGUGGUAGGCAUAUAUGCAUUGUCACAAAUGAAGAUGCUAAAAAAGAAUAUUUAUCAAAAAUUACAGAUAAAAUCACUGGAAUUUUACCUGAAGUUGUUGUUGGAGCUACUGAACAAGCCGUGCAGACAUUAAAGGGGAUAGAUUUUUUGGUUGUUGAUUGUGAAGAGGACGAUUUUUCGACGAUUUUAAAGGUGGCUGAAUUGGGACAACGAGGUGCAGUAUUGGUGUGGACAAAUGUGAGUCUAAGAGAUUUUAGGUGGCACAGUGUCAUUGGUGGAUUGAGAAUCGUGAGGUCGGUGUUUUUGCCGGUAGGAAAAGGAUUGGAUAUUGCGCAUGUAGGAGCUGCCGUGGAGGCCGGAGAGAGUGGUUCGGGUGGAAA